AUGGAAUUAAAAUUAAAUACCUCUUGUCUCAAUUAGAAAUCUUAAAUAAAAUCAAGUUUAGCAACCAAUAAUCAACACGAUCAGUCUCAACUAUUCGCUAAUUUUACAAAAGAAUAACCCAUCCAAUAAAAUCCUUAACCUUAUGAUCCUAAUUUUUUAAUUUAUUCAUGA